GACCGGUGAGAACUAUCAUCAUCUUGCUCUUAACAUCUAAAUUGGGUCUGAAGAUCGACUACCAUACUUAAUCAACACUUCAAGAUCUUUUAUCCAAUUAGAACUUGUCAACAGCAACAUACCAGUGCUUUCUUAGCGGGGUCAUGUGCAUCUUCUCUGUCUAUAAAAUGCCACUCCUUACAAGAGGGAACUAGUCCUAGCCAACAAUCGAGGGCACUAGCUGAAAAGGCCAAGAGAGGAUUAUCAAUGGUGUCAAGCAAGUAUACAAAGCAUUCCGAAAAUCGUGAGAAAAGAGGAGUAAAUAGAAAAAUAAAGAGGCUGAAAGCAGAGAUGGAAGAGAUUAGUAAGCAACAAGUAAGUAUCAGACAAGGGCAAAAGGAAAUGAGAGAAAGGUUUGUUGAGAUUGAAUCAGAAUGUGAUCAGCUCAAAAAGGAGACUGAACUUAUAUCUCUUGCAAGUGACAACGUUCAAUUUCGCCUCAAUAUCAUCUUCAAGAUCUUGAAAGCGACAGAAGAGAAGGAUUUCGGUAAAGCUGCUGAUCUUACUUGCUCUCUAAGGUUGGUGUUCGAAACCCCUUCUCACAACUAAGGGUUUAUUUGUUUUGCUAAAAAUAUUCAGGAGGAAAAUAUUUUCUACGAUCAUUGCAAAACAAACACUAAAAUAUUUUCUCCGUUUAUUGCAAUUACUAUCAUCACCAUUGAUAUCAGUACAACUACCAUUUUUUUACUAAUACAUUAAAUAUUUUAUAUCACCAUCUCACUAUAAUCAUUUAACACAAUAUAAUUACCGUCAUAACAAAAAAUUAAUGGCUAUUACACACUCUAGAUAAAAAGAAAAAAAUGAUUGCGAGACGCACAUAUUUUAAUUAAUUGUGCAAUUAUGCUAGUUUGGGAAAGUUUUUCUCAACUAUAGUAGUUUGAAAAAUAUUAUUUCUACUAUGCUAAUUUAGGAUAAAACUCCGAAUGCAAUAUAAUAUAUUUAAUUCAAGUAAAAUGCACAGAAAAUUUGGAAAGGAAAAAAUUAAUAGAGAAAAUAAAAGGCGAUAACCUCAUUAGUAAAUUCACUUGGUUCCCAAGAAAAAUAGCAAGCCUUUAUAGUUUGUUACCAAUAAGUUUAAAAAACCUAACCUAAUUAUUGUAAUCAUCAGCUAAGAUAAAAUGUUUAAUUUUUAAUGAAAACUUUUAAGAUAAUUUAUAACCUUUUAAUGUUGUUUGCAGGAAUAGUUUGGUUUCUGGUAGAGGAUGAUGA